AUGGUACUGGCGACUGCGACGAUCGUGCGCGCUCACCUGCAUAAGGUAAGUGAGCUGUUGCACGUAUGGGAAGCCGUCGAGCAGUACCUUGAUUAUUCAGGUGGCUGGACGCUUGAGCGUGCAGCGGCGCAUGGUAUGCAGUAUUUGGUGCAGCACCUGGCGUCCAAGAAACUUCAUGAGCAUGCUACUUUACUGAUAAUGGACUUCGCGGCUUGCAAUGGCCACCUUAAUAUCCUUGCUUGGCUCCACGAUACGUUAGAUUUGAGCGGCUGCUCAACGCGUGCCAUGGACAAUGCUGCCAAAAAUGGGCAUCUUCGGGUUGUUGCAUGGCUACACACAAAUCGCUCUGAAGGCUGCACGACCAAGGCAAUGGACUACGCGGCAGGAAGCGGUCAUCUUUCAGUUGUGCAGUGGCUUCACUGUAAUCGUUCAGAGGGUUGCACGAGUCGCGCGAUGGACUUGGCGGCACAGAACGGGCAUUUAGACAUAUUACAGUGGUUGAACGACAAUCGCCGUGAAGGCUGCACAUCUAGCGCCGUAAGUUAUGCGGCCAACAAUGGUCACUUGAAAAUUGUAAUUUGGCUGUGCGAGGUGCGCAAGGAAGAUUACACCUCGAGAACUGUGGUCAACGCCGCGCGCGGUGGUCACCUCUGCAUUCUCAAGUACCUUCGCAAGCACUGUAUCGAUAAAUUUGAGAGUGCUGGCCAUCAGAUGGUUCACGCUGCCAUCACAAAUGGCCAAGUUUGGGUGCUGACGUGGUUGGUCGCUGUGCUGCCAAGUGAUUCUUUAAAAUUAGAGGAGGCUCCUGGGUCGUGGAUGGACCUAGCAUCCGAAUUCGGACAAAUUGGCAUUCUUCAGUGGUUCCACGCCCAAUCUAACGCGCUUCCAGCGAGUUUUGACGGACAAUAUUCCGUGUGCACUGUUGAAGCUAUCGAAAAAGCGGCUCGCUACGGACACAAUGAUGUGCUUGACUAUUUAUAUGAGAAUGACUUGGUCAAUCUCACCGUCGAGCCCGACGCAAUGAAAGCUUUAGUCGCCGCGAUCAAAGGUGGUCACUUCGAAUGUGUCAAAUGGCUGGUCAGUCAUUUUCGUGACCUUUACAAGAAGAGCUCACUUUUGUCAUAUCUUGCUAUGGACGCUGCCGCUGCAGCUGGUAAGGUUGACAUUUUACAAUACCUGCGUGACGAUCCAACUACGUGCGAAUGGCGAUUCAGCCUCAAGGCCGUGAAUGAGGCUUCUCGACAGGGAUUUGUGGAUGUUUUGCGCUGGCUACAUCAUGACAAUUUUAAAAAGCAGAAUCCUGAUGACGAUCAUUAUAGCGUUGAGUUUGGGUCGAUAUGGAUAAGUUCGAACUGGACACCUACGGCAUUGGAACUUGCUGCUGCAAAUGGCCAUCUUCCUGCAGUCCAAUGGCUUAUGGAGCACCAUCCCGAAACUUGUUACAAUUUUGAGGCAUUUAAUGCCGCGGCCUACAUGGACCACCUGGAGGUCGUGAAGUACCUUUACAAUUAUGUACAGCGCCUGUGCUCCAUGGAGCAGGCGCUAGAGCAUGCCGCUGAAGGCGGCGCAGAGGAAACGCUCGCCUGGCUUCAGUCUCGGCCAAAUGAAGAAAUUUAG